AUGCGGAACUACAUCACCGACUACGUGAAGGAAUACCAGAUGUGCGAGAGGUAUAAGCCAUCCAAUUCGAAGCCAGCUGGAAUAUUGAGGACACCAACUGCAAACAGAAGAUUUGAAGUACUUGCCAUCGACCUUUUCGGUCCUUUGCCACUCACAGCGGAAGGACUUCUACGUUUUGGAACUCCCCGACGAGUCAUCUCAGAAAAAGGUGUACAGUUCGUGGAAGCUGUCAUGCAACAAGUAGCUUUCUGUCUAGGAUUUAACCAGGCGCUAACUGCAGUUUACAACCCUGAAUCAAAUCCUGUGGAAAGGAAGAACAGCGAUAUGAAGACUCAAAUAGCCAUUUUAGUGGAAGGACAGCACCGUGAUUGGGCUAAGAAGCUACCUUCUAUUCGAUACGCAAGGAACACCAGCUUUAAUCAAACGACAGGACAUGCACCCUCAUUUCUAACUUUUGCUCGAGAAUUGAGGACGGCCGAUAAUGUUCAAGGUGACCAACGAGAAAUAGUGAUUGGAGAAAAUUUCGUUUCUGAGGUUGCACCUUACCUUAUGAAGAUAGCCGAUGUCAUGAAAGAUGUAAGGGAGGUGCACGAGAACGAACAAGACAAAAGGACGAAAUACGCUAAUCAGAAAAGAAGUGACGUCUCUGAGCAUAAAGUAUGGGACCUAAUUAUGGUUCGAUCACGCGUAAUUAGCAAGGCAGCCAAGGGCACCACGCAAAAGUAUGAACGAAAAAGGGAUGGGACCUAUAAAACAAUCGAAAAAAACUUAUCGACUGUCUACAAAAUUGGAAAUCCUGAUUCCAAUGAAUUCAUUACAUCGUCUCACACUGACGAUUUAACGCGUUUUAAGGGCCCAGCUGAGGGAGCAGUUCCAGCACCAGGAAACCAGAUCCGACGACGAGGUCGCUCCAAGAAGAUGAACACCGACCAGCAGAAACCAAAUACUGGAUCUUCGACGAGGACGUCAAAUAGAUCCAUAGGGGGAGCCUGUAACUCAAGGAAGAGGGGAAGAUAA